CUGUUGCUGGUCCCUGAAGAUGGCUGACGGACCAAAAGUGUAUAAGAAGACUUCUCCCAAUGGGAAGUUAUCCAUCUACCUGGGAAAGCGAGACUUUGUGGAUCAUGUGGAAUCUGUGGAACCUGUGGAUGGAGUUGUUUUGAUAGACCCAGAAUACCUGAAGGACAGGAAAGUAUAUGUGACACUCACAUGUGCAUUCCGGUAUGGUCGAGACGACCUGGAUGUCAUUGGGUUAACCUUCAGGAAGGACCUCUAUGUCCUCACAACUCAGCUUUGUCCACCAGUGUCAGACCAAACUCCUAAGACCCUCACAUCUUUACAGGACAAGUUAAUGAAGAAGUUAGGAGACCAUGCUUAUCCUUUCACCUUUGAGAUGGCAACCAAUCUGCCCUGCUCAAUCACACUGCAGCCAGGACCAGAGGACGUCGGAAAGUCAUGUGGUGUGGACUUUGAGGUUAAAGGAUUUUGUGCUAAAAAUUUGGAAGAGAAAAUUCAUAAGAGGAAUUCAGUGCGGCUGGUGAUCCGGAAGGUCCAGUUUGCCCCUGCCCUGUCAGGCCCAGCACCCAAAUCUCAAAUAACCAGGCAGUUUAUGAUGUCAGACAAGCCCCUGCACCUUGAGGCUUCUCUGGAUAAGGAGGUUUAUUACCAUGGGGAUCCAAUUGGAGUUAAUGUGGACAUAAACAAUACUACCAACAAGAUUGUAAAGAAAAUUAAAAUAUCAGUUGAACAGAUCACAGAUGUGGUUCUCUUUUCACUGGAUAAAUAUACUAAGAUGGUCUGCUCAGAGGAAUUCAUUGAGAAUGUGGCUGCAAACUCCACCUUCUCCAAAACCUACGCUGUGACUCCUGUUUUAUCAAAGAAUCGUGAGAAGCGUGGCUUGGCUCUGGAUGGCAAGCUUAAGCAUGAGGACACCAAUCUGGCUUCCACAACUAUUCUGAGGCCUGGGAUGGACAAAGAGGUUCUUGGCAUUCUGGUUUCCUACAGAGUGAAAGUCAACUUGGUGGUAUCGAGAGGAGGCAUCCUGGGAGAUCUCACAUCAAGUGAUGUCUCUGUUGAGAUGCCGGUUAUUCUGAUGCAUCCUAAACCCGAGGAGACAAUAUCCAGUGAGGAAGUUAUGGUUGAGGAAUUUGCUCGCCAGAAGCUCGGAGGAGAAGAGGACAGUGAGGAAGAGGAGGAAGAGGAAGGAGGAGGAAAAAGCUAAUGCGCAGCUCUCUUCAGCAGGGGUUACUCAGAGUUUCAAAGCUGAGAUUAUUUAGGGCAUUUUCAUGAGUUCCAUGCAGU